AUGAAUCCUUCCCAGGACACCGGCUCUGGCGGCAUUCCUGAAGAUAGAAAGCUUUAUGUUGUGGAUUCCAUAAAUGACUUAAACAAACUAAACCCCUGUCCUGCCGGAUCGCAGCGUUUGUUCCCUCUAGAGGAGAAAAUCCCGGACAUCGGCACUAACUCAGGAAAUGGAAACCACAGUCUGUUUUUGGUGGGGCUGAUCAUCAUGCUGAUUGUCAGCCUGGCACUGGUUUCCUUCGUGAUAUUUCUGAUAGUUCAAACUGGCAACAAGAUGGAAGAUGUGUCAAGAAGACUAGCAGCUGAGGGAAAGGACAUAGAUGAUCUUAAGAAAAUCAACAGCAUCAUUGUAAAGCGACUCAACCAACUGGACUCUGAACAGAGCUAA